UGGAUACAGAACCGCCGUUGUAGAAAUGUUUAAAAUCCUCAAGACGUUUCAAACGAACAACUUUCUGAUGAACAAUGUCACGAGACAAUUUGCCAAUUUCUACGAUACGGGUGAAUAUCAUUUCAUAGACGGAUUAAAUUACAUUGGAAAUCGUGGUAUAUAUUGGACAAAUCCGAAGUCAUCCUAUAUAACACGUGUGACAGAUGACUAUGACCAGUGUGUGCAAGGUAACCGAUCCAAUGACAAUACAUGCUGGUGGUACUUUCCCAAAAAGGUAGUCACCAUGAUGGAAAAUAGUUAUUGUGAACAAGACAUCAGAACCAUUGAAAGCGCUGUACGAAGUUGGAAGUUGAUACAAAACGCUCCCAAAAAACAUAUUGAUUGGUAUGUUGCUACAGCCAGAUGUUUUGCGUGGUUUCCAGAAGUUUCAAUUGAACAAAAGAUUUUCGCUACUAAGCAUUACGGUUGCACAUUCUACACCGAUGAUGCGAUUGAACAGUUGAGUUCUGAUCGACAAUUCAAUCCUGCUGCUACCGAAUUACUUAACAAUUUGCGGCUAGUCUUCAGUCAAAAAAGUGGUCAGGUAACAGACAUGCGUAAGUUUAAAGGUCAAUACAACAUUCCGGAUAGUUAUAUCGAAAAGGCAGUUGAAGCUAUUGCGAUUCAAACGGAAUUUGUGCGGUUGGCCAGGCAAUUAUUAAAACCCAAAAUUUUCGAUUUUUUCAUACUUGGGUGCUAUCACUAUUUAAGCGGGGUUACCGCUGAAAAGACUCUCUUUCAAAAACACUGCCAUUCGAAAACAAUUAUUGACCAACAGGAAAAUGAAGCUGUAAGAAAUCAUUCAAUUGGUUUCAGAUGGAUAUUACCCACAGCUAUGACAGACGAAACUUCAGUGAUCCAUUUGAAUCAUGAUAAUCCUGCUGUCGAGCUGGCAACCAUAAAUGCAAUACUUGAGAAUGACAUAAUUGGUUACUUUAGGGAUAUCCAUCUCGAUUUUACGCCAAUGACACAUCUUGAUACAGAUUCGUCGGGACAAUCUGAUUUAGAUGCUGCAAGAAUGGUUACGAACCGAACGAAUGAAAUUAAAAAAGUUUUCGCGUAUCUGUGGGAAAAUGUUCCAUCCGAAAAUGCUAAGCAUUACGAAUAUUUAGCGAAAUAUGUUGGAUUUUUAACGGACUUCAAUUUUGUUCAGAGUGUACGUGGUACAAAUUUCAGAUACGGCUGGAUUCCACAUAUGGAUUAGAUUUGUCAAGAAUUUUAAAAUCUUGAUUAGAAGCUGAAUUUAUGUCAUGCUAUCAAAAAAUACAGAAAAUAAACGUAAAGGUGUGA